CCUCCGAUCCAGAGUUCUGCUGGAAGCUUUGUUUCGCUAGCUAAAACUGAUCAAUCAUGGCGAUGGCGGCCUCAGCGUGCAAGGGCUUGCUGCUUAUGGCGUUGGCUGCUGCCGUGCUGAGCACAGCGUCCGCGACAUUGCAGUACGACUUCUACAGCUCGUCGUGCCCCCAAGCCGAGGAGGCGGUCCGCAAUGCCACCAUGAAGAUCAUCUCCGCCAACCCCACCAUGGGCGCCGCCUUCGUGCGCCUCUUCUUCCACGAUUGCUUUGUCAAGGGCUGCGACGCUUCCAUUCUGCUGGACCAGUCGAGUAGCAACCCGCAGCCGGAGAAGCUGGCCAUCCCGCUGCGCGGCUACGACGCCGUGAACACGAUCAAGGCGGCCGUGGAGGCCGUCUGCCCCGGCGUGGUCUCCUGCGCCGACAUCCUCGCCUACGCGGCGCGCGACUCCGCCAUGGUCUCCGGCGGCUUCACGUUCGCCAUGCCCGGCGGCCGCCGCGACGGGCUCGCCUCCGACCUCAACGACAUCCCCGCGAACAUCCCCUCCCCGUCCAUGCAGGUCCAGCAGCUCAUCGGCAGCUUCGCCGCCAAGGGCCUGAGCGCCGACGACCUGGUGUCGCUCUCCGGCGCGCACUCCUUCGGCCAGACGCACUGCUCCUUCGUCACGCCCCGGCUGUACCCGUCCCUGGACAGGACCAUGGACAGGGCCUUCGGCGAGGCGCUGCAGAGCGAGUGCCCGCGGCGCGGCCCGGGCGGCGCGGUGCUCGACAACAACAAGGUCAAGGACCCGAACGCGCUGACCAACCAGUACUACAAGAACGUGAUCGCCAGGCAGGUGAUGUUCACGUCGGACCAGACGCUGACGAGCAGCGCCGCCACGGCCAAGAUGGUGCAGGACAACGCCGCCGACCCUGUCGCCUGGAUGGCGCGGUUCGCCGGGGCGAUGGUGAGGAUGGGCGGCAUCGAGGUGCUCACCGGGACACAGGGCGAGAUCAGGAAGGUGUGCGGCGCCACCAACAGCGGUAGCUAGACGACCGAUCGAGCUGCCUGAAAUCUAUCUGCAUGCGUUGCAGAUUGAUCGCUUUGUUGUUGCACGCUCUUUGCACUUCAUUUAUUUGUAGCAUUGGAUCUUCUGUGA